AUGAACUGCUGGACGGCAUUGCCAUGGCAGAUUUACUUGGUAGUUAAAAGACCUUCAAGAAUGAUUGAGCAGCAGCAACCUGCAACCAUUAAACCACGAUGAAGUCUUCAAGCACCACGGUCGGCAGAUAUAAACAUGGCGUCCAGUUUACCUACGCAGCAGGAGUUGCGACUACUGAAAGACAAAUUAAACCUAUUCUACGACCAAAGGGUCAUUAUACCACGAGAUGAGAUGAAAAGAAACAAGGAAAUCGUAGAAAACGUGAAAAAGAAUAUCAAAGAAUAUUUGUCCAAGAAAAAGAACGUCGAGAUCCUGCAACUAGAAAACAUCGGUAGCGUCUAUGAAGGCCUGAAGGUUGGAUCUGCCGACGAAUUUGACCUUUUGAUGCUUCUUAAAGGCCAUGUUGAUUGGGAAGUUAUCGACAAGGAUGAUCGUGGAUUUUGUACCAUAAGGACCUGUCGACCAUUAGAUAACGCUAUUGUCUUACCAAGACCACAAGCUCCGCGGCAAAUACAGCAACCGCCUCAGUUUGGACCUGUCUUCGUCCAUACAGAAUAUGUUGUGUCAACUAGACCUAUGGGUGCGCCUCCUCCCCAAUGGAACCUGUCAAAGCCAGAACCGGCAACGGUAAAUGAAGCGCAGGCGGGAAUGAGAGCUUUAGAACAACCAAAGCCAUAUCAGAAAUGUAUGGUAUCUGAUGCCAGAGGUAACGAGGAUCUAUCCCCUCAGAAGGUACGUAGCGUGUUUCAAAGCUAUUUUCAACAAUGGAUCGACAGCCUUCCCGGCGGUGGUUCUCUGCGUUAUCAAAUGGAAACUGGAGGUCCGGCGACGACUGUGAACGUCUUUGAAGGAAACAAGAAACUGAUGGGCAUCGACUUUACGCCUGCUUAUGAUAUUGGGGAGGAUUUGGUUAUCGCAAAGCCACAUCCUGACCUAAAGAACCAGGGGGAGUUAGGCACAGCAGCAGCAUUACAACGUGAAAAGUUUUGGAUGCAGUCUAACUGUAGAGAAGAGCGAGAAAUCAUGCGUCAAAUCGAUGAUGAUGACAACGGAUGCCGUAAAAAGGUCGUAAAGAUCUUAAAAGUCAUCAAGCUGAACAAUACCCAGCUACGUUGUCUCAGCUCAUAUUUCUUCAAGGCAAUCCUUCUUCACAUGCCGACGAGGGGAGCGCGCUGGGGUCACGAUGCGAUUGCAGAGCGCUUUAUAGAGAUGAUCCAACUUCUUGAGAGGAGCCUUAGGGAAAAAAAGCUUUUGAAUUAUUUCAACCCUAACAUCAACCAUUUUGCCGAAAAGGAUCCCGCAACACUGGAAAACUUGCAGGGAUAUCUUCAUCGAAUUAUUCAGAAGAAAGCAUACAUAGAUUUGCUCAAGUGAACCAGAGACAUAUUGGAGCUGCGACAUUUAUAGUGUAUAUAAACACACUUGACUGUUAUACCUAAUUUUGCUUCAAUACUCUGGACUAAUCCUUAUCUGUUGGAGAAUUGAAGUAGGGGGAGGACCACUGUUUUGAAGCAAGAUUACGUGUAUGGUAUACGUUUAUUCAAUUGAAUUUAAACAAAAAACAAUCAGAUAUAUAACCAUUUCAUAUGUCCAAUGUCAAUAUUAACAAUACCAGAGACGCCGUUUCGAAUUUCGAAGUUAUGCAGCAGAGAGAACAUAACCGAUUGUCAUAUGGUCGAUAUAUCCCCAGCAAGUUUAAAAAGCCGCCAUAAUUUAUAUAAAUUCUUGAUAAUGAUUUUACUCCAAAAAUAUUACUCUAAUUUCAAUAUCACAAUUUUUAAAUUUUGGUUAUUUCGAACCGUGUUUUUUCUAAAUACAUAAGAUAAUAGAAUCAAUUUGUGGUGAUGGAUAAAUUCGUUUUGAAAAAUGGGGAUAUUAUCUCUCGUUUUACAACCGAUAAUCUGAAAGCAUGACAUUUUAAACCCAGUUCGUCCAAUUCAGCAACUGUUUUGAAA